AUGGCCCCCUCCAACCUGCCCUCCGUCCUCAAUGCCACCAGCCAGGACAUUGAGAUGCUCCUGGCUGCGCAGAGCCACCUCGGCAGCAAGAACUUGCAGGUUCACAUGGAGCCCUACCUGUGGAAGACGCGCGCCGACGGCGUCAACGUCAUCAACAUCGGCAAGACCUGGGAAAAGAUUGUCCUCGCCGCCCGCAUCAUCGUCGCCAUCGACAACCCCGCCGACAUUUGCGUCAUCUCGGCCCGUCCCUACGGCCAGCGUGCCGUGCUCAAGUUCGCCGCCCACACCGGCGCCUCGUCGAUUGCCGGCCGCUUCACCCCCGGUAGCUUCACCAACUACAUCACCCGCUCCUUCAAGGAGCCGCGCCUGAUUGUCGUCACCGACCCUCGCACCGACGCCCAGGCCAUCAAGGAGGCCAGCUACGUCAACAUCCCCGUCAUUGCCCUCUGCGACACCGACUCGCCCACCGAGUACGUCGACCUCGCCAUCCCCACCAACAACAAGGGUCGCAACGCCAUCGGCACCAUCUGGUGGCUGCUUGCCCGCGAGGUCCUCCGCCUCCGCGGCACCAUCUACAACCGCGAGACCCCUUGGGACGUCAUGCCCGAUCUGUACUUCUACCGUGACCCCGAGGCCGAGGCCGAAGAGAAGGCCGAGGAGGACAAGCUUCCCGGCGUCGAGCAAGAAGGCCCUGCCGCCAUUGAGACCGGUGCCCCCGCCGCCGGUGGUGACUGGCAGGCUGCCGCCGCCGCCCCUGGCUGGGACGGCGCCACGGGAGGCGGCGACUGGGCGGCUGCCUCCGCCCAGCCCAGCGACUGGAAUGCCGAGGCUGCUAAGGACACCAGCGCAACCCAGUGGUAA